GCUUGCUGAGGGUUUAAAGCCUGCUGUGGUGCUGAUGGUUCGGUUCGGUUCGGAUCCGUGGGGCCGUUGUGCAUCGCCGGAGCUCGGUGUCUUUAGGCGGCUGCAGCGGCGGUUCUGUGGCCGCUGCGGAGCCUUCAGGCUCGGAUGCAGAAGGGAGGAGUCUCCGGUUCCGGAACCGUCAGGAAUCUGGACCCUGGUGUUCUGCAGUGACCGGAUGGCUUCGAUGGGGCUCAUAACUGGGUCAAUGUGAGAUGACAACCGGACCGAACCGUCAGAGGUCCUCCGGUCGGGCCCUUGGCUCCCAGCGUCGGACCGCCGGCCCUCUGAGGAUGUGGGACCCCGUGAUCCUGCUGGGCUCCGGCUUCAGGACCGGAACCGGAAUGGACCCCAGAGCCGCGUCAUGCAGACGAACGAUGGCUGUGAUGUUUCUGGUGGUUGGCACACUGGUUUCCAUGACGACCACAAGCUCACCUGCUGCAGGUGUGUUGGAUUUGAACAGGACAAUGGGGUCAUUAUCACCUCCAUCAUCACCCGUACCCCCCAGGGGGGCCUCAGGCAUGGGUUACCAUGCUAAUAGUGCUGGAGGCGACUCAGCAGAGGACCAGGAAGCCGGGGCUCAGGGCAUCCACCUACUGCUGAGACCUCCAGACCUGCUGGCCCCCAGUCUUCCCCCAGUGCUCCCCCCACACAGCCAGCCCACCCUCACCCCUCCACCCCCCUGGGAGCAGGGCCCCCCUCUAGAGGAAGCCUGGGGCUCUGGGGACUACCUGGAGACUCUGUCCUUCAUGGUCCCUGACGGGGAAGAACUGGGCCUUGCCACGCCACUACCAAGCCACCCUUGGGAUGCCGACUCUGAUGGGGACUGGGUCUCUUAUGACACGGCCUUCCCAGCCCGUCCAACCCUCCCUCUGUUCUCCCGUCCCUCCGUCACCCCCUCCUCCACCCCUACCGUUCCCCUGCACACCCACACUGCCCAUCUGGACGUUUUUUCCACAUGGGAUGAGGAAUAUGACCCUGAGGACAUGAUGCCUCUGGAACCGACGGAGGUGCUGCUACCGGACAUGAAUAGUCUGGAGUACUACACCAACCUUCUGGCCCGGGAAAAGCAGAAGGAAAAGGAGAGGGAGAAGGAGGAGCAGAUACAUGGUGCCAAGUUCAGACCCUCCAUUACUCCCACAACAACACAAACUCACCUUUCUCCUCUGACCCCAGUCCCAACCCUCAGUGGGCCUCCACCAGAUCUAGAUCAUAAACAUCCCUCAAUUGGACCCUUCCCUCCCCUCACUCCCUCACCUGCUCUUACAAGUGAAAAGCCACCUACUCUACCAAGCACCUCCCAAACCCCUUCCACUCCUGCUCCACCUUCUCCAAAAACCAAAGUCCGUGGUCCAGGCCUCCCUCCUCGUCCCCCAUCUAACACUACCAGCCAGGUGCCACCCCCUCCCUCACUGGGACCACCGGUUCGGCCUGUCAAACCAGGAAGACCAUCAGUGAUCACAGAAAAAACAGCAAAACCUCCAGCCAUAACAACCACCACCCAGAUUUCCUCCAUCAGCCUCACCAGAGGGCCCCCAGUUACCACACCCAAAGAGGCCCAGACUCCGCUCAGCAGACAGUAUCUGUGCAACGUCACUAAGCCUGAGCUGUACCUGGUCAGAGUGGUGAGUUCUAAAGGCUCAUCGGCCGGGUUCAGUCAUGUCCGUGAUGUCCUGAGGAGAGAGUUCAACCGCUCAGUAGAGCUGCAGUUCCUGAGAACUCCAUCCAGUUUUGCCUUUCGUGUCGUGUCUGGACCCCUGAUAUUCACUGCUGUAUCUGUCAUCAACGCUCUCCGUCAGUCACCGCAGUUCAGGCGCCGUUCCUACAGUUUCCCCCUCUACACCAUACCUGACCUCUGGUACCAGAUCCACUCGGUGCUGCAGUUUGUUCCCACCCAUGUUGACGUCAGGAUUUGCAACUUCAGUGAAAGGGUGGAGCGAGGGCUGAUAAUGGCGUAUGCAGAGAGCAGACGAAGGUCACAUGAGACAGGAAACAUCACCGUCCAGCUGCUGAACAUCACAAUGAGCAAAGUCUGGCCAGCAGUGGGACAGAAGGUUCCUGUUGACAUCACUUUUGCUGUACGAGAUGGGAGGGGCUACUUGGCGGGGUCAGAGGUUAGCGAACACCUGAGGAAGCUCAGCUUGGUGGAGUUCAGCUUCUACGUUGGAUUUCCUGCUCUGCAGAUUGCAGAACCCUCCCACUAUCCUGAGCUAAAUAUGUCCCACCACCUGCGGGACACUUGGGUCCGUACAGUCCUGCUGGGUGUUCAUGAGCAGCAGGUCGCUGAGAGGAGUUUUAAAGCUCGUCUGGAGAGACGACUGGCUGUGCUACUGGACGAAGGACUGCAGGAGACCAGCAGCAGGAGGCGCUGGAGAAGAGCAACCGCUGUGGGCAACCACAGUUUACAGGUGGUGCGGAUAUCCAGGCUCUCCGGGCCAGAGCGCCCCCUGGAGGUGUUUUACUUCGUAGAGGGUCCGGGUGGGGAGAGGGUCCCAGCAGAGGUAACUGCAGCCACCAUGAACCACCUGGACCUUCAGAGGGCCGCCAUCGUCCUUGGACACCGAGUCCAAAGGCCUCUGGCUCAACCUGUAGAGACUUUUUCGGUUCCUCCGGCUGAGACUCAGAGCAGCAGCAUUUGGUUGAUCGUAGGGGUGGUUGUCCCUGUCCUACUGGCUAUCUUCAUUAUUAUCAUUCUCUACUGGAAGCUUUGUGGCUCUGAAAAGCUUGAGUUUCAACCGGAUGCCAUCAACACCAUCCAGCAGAGGCAGAAGCUUCAAGCUCCUAGUGUUAAAGGCUUUGACUUUGCAAAGCUCCAUCUUGGUCAGCACAGUAAAGACGACAUCAUGGUGAUCCAUGAGACGGGUCCACUGCCUGCCCCAACAAAAGAGGCCACGCCCUCCGACGGCGGAGACCUCAACACUCCCAAGUCCAAAGGAUCGUCCACUAAAGCGGCGCGUUCAAGUCGCCGCAGGGGAAGGCUAAGUCCUUCAGAUGGAGACUCGUUAGGAAGUGAGCAGUCCAGCGGCAGGGAGUCGGCAGAGGAAAGCACCAGACCCGUAGCCACGCCCAGUGAGGGCAAACACCACAGGAAUGCCCCUAAAAAUGGGAGGAGCAAAAUAGAUGGAACCCGUCGCCAGGCCAACAAGGUGCAACUUAUUGCCAUGCAGCCGCGACCAAGUCCGCCCGCGGCUCCCGGCCCGCCACAGCCGAGCCCCUCCCUCACUGAAAAGGUCAAUACUGGGGUGGCGCUAAGGCACAAGUCUGAGAUCGAACAUCACAGGAACAAACUGCGCCAACGUGCAAAGAGGCGGGGCCAGUGUGAGUUUCCUUCCAUGGACGACAUCAUGGAUGCUUUCGGAGACGGGCCGGUUCAGAGCGAAGCGGCCCAGCGGCUCUACAGCUCCGCCCACGACCACAUGGACUGCAUCCUUCAGGCCGAGGGAGCCUCACCCCUGACCCCUGCCGACUCCAGGAAAAGAGGGAGGCGCUCUCCUCGGGGCCGGAGGCCUCAUCAAGGACCGGGAAGUCUUCCAGAUACAGACAGAGAUCGACUGCUCACAGACCAGAGCGCCACCUACAGGAAGUACCCUGGACUCAACAAUGUAGCGUACAUGUCGGACCCUGACAUGCCCCCAGACCACGGCAGCCCCUCCCCUACUGAUGAGGUUUUUGACUCAGCCCCAGCUCCACCUCCUUACAUGCCCCCCCAGCCUUCCAUUGAGGAAGCCCGGCAGCAGAUGCACUCCCUGCUGGAUGACGCCUUCGCCUUGGUAUCACCGUCUUCACAGACCAGCGGUGUGAGAUAUGCGGAGUUGGGAGUCUCCCCUACAUCCAUCCAGGGUCUGCUGCAGAGGCAGGGCCUGGGCUCCGGAGGAUAUGUUUCCACUGGAGAACAACUGCAGGAGUCGGUGUACUCCAACAGGGGGAAGUAUGAAGACCCUCCUUCAUCCUCCAGGCCCCGACCUGUAGGGGGCAGUACAGGGGCACAGCUUCACCAUCUGACUCAAGUGGGUUUGUCCAGUCAGAUCGGUGCGUACCCUGGAGUCGGUCGCAGCAUGUCUGGACCUACUGGCUCCAGCUGGCACCAGCAGCACUCAGACCAGGACCUAUCCAGACCUGGAGGUAGCAGAGAGAGUGUGCUGUCGUUCCCUGAGUUCUCCUCUUCAUCUGUUUUUCAAAUGCCCAGCUCUUCGUUACGAGACCCAUCGGCUCCACCCCUCCUCUUAACCUCGCCCACCCCAGAAUAUCCACCAGAGGAUGCCUCUCCAUCUGCCCACACAUCCGCCUCUCUCAUCAAGGCGAUCAGGGAGGAGCUGCGACGGCUGGCCCAGAAACAGGCGGCAGUGACCAGCUACUCUUAACUGACCUGCACCUUUUAAAAUCAGGAGUUACCGUAGCUGUUCUAGCAGUUGGUUAAGUACCUUGAACUGUGCCAAUGAUCUAAAUGGCAGCGUCUCCUGAUGACCACCAGGACUUAACAGGGUUUUCUUUAUUUGUGUGUUUGUCCACUACCCUUUCGUCCUGCGUUCAUCGCCCAGAUCCACAUUUCCACUAAAGUGCUUCCUGGAGGAGAUCACUGAGGAUCAGCCAACCUGGACUUCUACACUGAAUCAUCCUUUUUGAACUUCUGGAACAACAAUACAGCCCCCAACCAUGAAAUGAUCGGUCCCUCUGGAGUUGUGAAGUUGAUGGCCUUUUGUGGUCUAGUCAUCUACCUUCAACUCUAGGAGCUCAUCCCUCUUGGCCUUCUGAAGUGGAUAAUACAUCUUGGAGUUCUGAAGCAGAAGCCUUGCGAUUGGUUUGAUUGUGAACUUGGAUUGUACAUCUCAAUUUCUGAAGCUGUCUUAGUCAGAGAACUUCCAAUUGGUCUUUAAUGAAUUAGUCACAUUUCCUGCUCUUGUGGUUAAAACAACAUUGUUGAUCUUGCAGAGUGAAUGUCUCUAGGAGUUCUACAGCAAACUGUUUUGCUGUUGUCUGAGUUCCUGAUGUAAACGGGCCUUUUGAACCUUUGGCCAUUUACGAAGGCUGGGAUGACCCAUCAGUCCUUGUUGAGGUAAUUCUUCACAUGAAGAAAACUUCUGAACCCUUGUAGACCUGAUGAUGGGUCUUAUGGUUCUACAGCAGAUUAUCAUCACUUCUGGAUGAAAUUGACCUUUGAAUAAUCUGGUGUGAGUUCCCCCUUUUAGAGUUUUAAAGAUGUUGUUCCAGUGUUUUCUAGUAUAGUCAUGAUUCUUACGUGGACUUUAUUCAACCUUCUCAGCCUUUUGAGAUAAAUGGGAAACUCUGAAAAUCUACAGCAGAUCAUUGUUUCCAGGAUAAUUAUGCCGUUAUUAACCUGGAGGGAACACAUGAAGCUCACUGUCCUUCCAGAACAUUUGUCCAUUCUUGGGGGUGUAUUGUUCCUUCUGAAGUUCUGAAGUGGGUAAUCUUCUGGUUUCCCUGUGGUGCUAAUUGUCAGCCUCAUUAUAUUUAAACAUUGACCACAUACUGCCUUCCAUGAUCCAUCAGCCACAGUGAUCAUGUAUGCAUCGACCAAUCAUACAGAAAAUAUAUUUGCACUGUUUAUAGCAGGAGGUGCAGCAAAGUCCUGACAGCAUGACAAACUAUUAGCAAAAAUACACACACACACACACACACACACACACACACACACACACACACACACACACACACACACACACACAUAU